CAUGUUUGCCUAGAUUGCCCCCAUAUCAGCGGGCCACAAGAAAGAAGCUCAAAGACAGCUCGAAGUUUCACCCACAUUUUGCUGGAAUGCUCUUUGCAGAGGACGAGUAUGAAAAGCGGAAAUUCUUGAUCGAUGUGCCGGAGGGUGUCAGAAUACCAAGCCUUGGAGAUGAAACACAGCUAUCAGUUGAGCUGUAUGGCUGGCCAAUGGGGGUAUCUGGUGCAAUUACGUGGAGGGGAGUCUGGGCUGCGUUGCCGUUGAUCCUCCAGCGAGCUGAGUUCCUCCAGGGGGCCAAGGUGCUGGAGCUGGGUGCCGGCUGUGGCCUUCUGGCCAACACAGCAGCUGUGCUUGGUGCACACAGCACUGCAACUGAUGGCAAUGAAGAAGAGAUACCUCUUCUUCAGAAGAAUGCCUUCAGCUUUGCUGACGGGCUCAUGCUGGGAGGGUCUUUGUCUGCAACCCACCUGGAGUGGGGUCAGCAUGCAGCCGAGAGGUCUGGCCUUCCAUCAAAGGGCUUUGAUCUCAUCGUUGGCUCAGAGAUCGUGUACAUACCUGACUGCAUCCCUGCACUGGUUGAAAGUCUUUGCUUCUUCUUAGCUGAUGACGGUGAGGCAAUCAUUGCUAACACAGCUGUGGCGACACGCACUGAUCAAUCCGCUGCACGGGAGCUUUUGUGUGAAUGCCUGGAAGCUAAAGGCUUAACCUUCAACAUGGACAUGCCGCCACGUUCACCACCUCCACCUGAUGAAGAUAAUUGGGCGGAAACAUCUUAUAUCUUAUAUAUUAAAAAAAUGUUAAAGAUAAUAUACUAUUACUAUUCUUUUUGGGAAUAUAUUAAUUAUUAUAUAGAUAAUAUGAUUUAUUGUGUGUUGGUGUCGCUGUAG